UUUUGGUAUUAUUGGCUUUUCCGGCGCCUGGUAGUCGGUCACGUACGAAAAUGUUUGGAUAGCCGGGCGAUUUUCGCAAAUCGGAAAAUGAGCGGCCAGAAGCACCUGCGAUUGCGCUACUACACCUCCUUGGAAGAGGCCCUGCUGGUGCGGCUGUGGCGCGAGCACCUGCACGACAUUCCCUCCUACACAGAAAACCUGCCUAUUUUUCGGGAGAUUGCGCACGGCCUGCAGCAGCACGGCAUUCGGCUGAACAAGCAGGAGGUUCGCCGGCGCAUCAACAGCUACCGCAAUAAGUAUUUGAACGAGCGCAAACGCGCGGAGAGCGACGCCGGCUACCUGCCGGACUGGCGCCUAUAUGCGCUCAUAGACUCCUUGUUCCACCCCGCCAGACCUCCGACGGACCUUUGCCACGCCCUCAAUGUACUGGAGGAGACUGCCUCGAGGGCCCGGGCGGAUCUGCCUGCCCUGCCGCCACUGCGCCUCACGUCGUCCGCCCAGGUUAAGUUCGAGCGCGAUCCGGACGGAAGCGCCUUCCUGGAAGCCCAGCCACUGGUGCUCUCAAUGGUUAAGGCGGAACCUGAACAAGUGGCGUAUCGCCAGGUGAAGACUGAACACAAGCCCACGGAGGCGGAACUGGCGCACUAUGUGGCUGACAUUAGGCGGACUCCGCUGACGCCGGCCAACCACCAGCUGCCGGUCGCAGAGGAUGCCAACCAUGUUAACGGUCAGCCGGAGACCAAUGUUUUCUCAGCGGCCAAGAGAAGACGCGGACGGCGCAGCAUCCUGCCCCGCACCGGCCAGAUCACUAUGGCCAUCGUGGAGGGGCUUCGCAAGGAGAACAAGAUGCUCGAGGAGCAGAACGACGCCUGCCUACUCGCGCUCGAGCACAAGGAGAAACAGUUCCUGGCAAUGGAGCAGAACUUUUUGAUGUAUCUGGACCGGCAGGAAGCUUUGCUGACGCACAUGCAGCAACGAGGCAUCAAACAGGAGCCGAAUCGGGACUUCUAGCUCAACUGGGCGAAAUAUCUUUAAGUUGGUAACAAGGGCCAUUGGGAAUGUCGUCGAUUAACCUCAUGCAUUUCAUUUCGUUCCUUCCCCAGGCCCAAGUCUAGUUUACUUCAUGUACAAAGCAGCAUAGCAAACCGAAGAUUUUCAUGUUUUACCUUUUUUUAAUAACAGCGUCCACAUGAAUGGGCUAAGCAAAAUGUGUUAAAUUUAAAUGUAUGAAAAGUCUAUCUUUGUGAAAGAACUUUCGGUAAGAUCUUAGAGUAAAUUGUAUUAAAAAUUAA